UUAAUGAGAAAAAAAAUGGUUAGGUUUGCGUUUCAGAUUCUUCUUUUCCUUCACGCCCCCUUCCCUCUGCAACUGCAAGGCCACCGUGUCUGCGGCGUGAACUCCACCUUUCUCUAGCGCUUUUUCCAUGCAGACCGUGUCAUCUCUGCGCGUCCAGAAACAAGGCCGUGUCAGGCCUAAAUAAUUGUAUCCGACACCGCGUCGUGCACGCUUUCUACGCGUGUCCGUGUCGGCCACGGGACUCCGGCACGGAGGCGCCAUGUUUGUGGCGUGUCGGAGCAACAUAACUGCGAAGCUGCCAAAGCCGUGAAAUCAGUGGUCGUCGUCCAGGCUUGUGCAGGAAACGCCGUGAGUUCUGCUAACUGUAUCAUCAAUAUAAAUCAAAGGAUCAGAAAGCAUUAUUUUGGAAUUGCUGUUUGCACGCAUUUGGGAGUUUUUUUUUUUAUUUUUUAUUUUUCAAUUGUUAAACGUGAUGCACCGAAGGGCCCCAUUUCCUCGUCUCCUCCUCCAUAAUGUGUCAUGUAUGAGAAAUGCACAACAAGUUCUGCGUCAUGUGAAUGUGUCUCUUCAUGAUGGAGGGGCGCUUGUGCUAACAGGCGCAAAUGGGUCGGGGAAGACAACUUUCCUGCGUAUGUUAGCUGGGUUUUCUCGUCCUUCUGCUGGCCAAAUCCUUUGGAAUGGCCAUGACAUACAACAAUCUGCAAUAUUCCAUCAGUAUAAGCUUCAACUAAACUGGCUCUCUCUCAAGGACGCCAUUAAUGAUAAGUUCACAGUUCUUAACAAUGUACAGUGGUUUGAAGUUCUUGAGAACAAGGAAGGGAAGGCUAUGGCUGCUGUGGAGUUGAUGGGACUAGGAAGAUUAGCUAAUGAAAAACCAAGGAUGCUUUCUAUGGGUCAGCGUAAAAGACUACAACUUGCCAGGUUGCUCGCAAUUGAUCGCCCCAUAUGGUUGCUGGAUGAGCCUUCAGUUGCAUUAGACGACGAAGGAGUAAAGUUACUUGAGUAUAUCAUCGCAGAACACAGGAAACAUGGAGGAAUUGUGAUUGUGGCGACUCAUCUACACAUUGAGAUAGAAGAUUCCAUGGUUUUGAAACUUCCACCAAGGUUUCCCAGGAGGAUGACCCAUGUGGAUAUGCUUGAUCGGGCAGAUAUCACUUAAAAAUCAGGUUUGGAUGUAUAAUUUGUAGGUUUUGAAAAAGUCCAAAGCUCUUAGCAUAGCUCAUGUAGUUUGCUUAUUUGUUUUAAUCAGGAGCUGAAUAAUGUGAACUUUGUGUAUCUUAGCAUAUGUGCAGCAUUUGAGAAUGCAAAUUAGAUAUGGUUUUCCAAUAA